AUGAAGUGGUCCCUGUGGAGCAUACUGCUGCUGGUGGUAUGUCUGUGUUCCCCAGGACGGAGUGAUUGCCAGGGUGACUGCCUGGCCUGUGGCCUCCUAAUACCCCUACCCAACCCCCAGACCCAGGGCCAGCAGCAAGCAUUCAACACACUGGUGAGUGACUGUGUGUGUGUGGGAGGGGUGUGUGUGUGUAUGUCCCGCAUGCAGAAUGGGGAUGAUGGUUGUAUGGAUGAUGGAUGAUGGUUGUAUGGAUGAUGGAUGAUGGUUGUAUGGAUGAUGGUUCUAUGGAUGAUGGAUGUUGGUUGUAUGGAUGAUGGUUAUAUGGAUUAUGGUUGUAUGGAUGAUGGUUAUAUGGAUUAUGGUUGUAUGGAUGAUGGAUGAUGGUUGUAGGGAUGAUGGUUGUAUGGAUGAUGGUUGUAUGGAUGAUGGAUGAUGGUUGAAUGGAUGAUGGUUGUAUGGAUGAUGGUAGUAUGGUUGUAUGGAUGUUUGGUUGUUAGGAUGAUGUGUUGUAUGGAUGAUGGUUGUUUGAUGAGGGUUGUAUGGAUUAGGGUUUGUUGUGAUGGAUGAUGGUUGUAUGGAUGAUGGUUUGGUUGGAUGUGGAUGAUCGUUGUAUGGAUGAUGGUUGUAUGGAUGAUGGUUGUUGGUGAGGAUGAUAGUUGUCUGGAUGUGGUUUAUGGUGAUGGUUGUCUGGAUGAUGGAUGAUGGUUGUAUGUUUGAUGGUUGUUGGUGAUGGUUGUUUGCUGAUGGUGUGUUGUGCUAUGGGUUUGUAUGGAUGCUGGUGUGUAUGGAUGAUGGUUUUUUGGUGAUGGUGUGUUGGUGUAUGGUUGAUAGUUGUAUGGAUGAUGGUUGUAUGGAUGAUGGUUGUAUAGAUGAUGGAUGAUGGUUGUAUGGAUGAUGGUUGUAUGUUUGAUGGUUGUAUGGAUGAUGGUUGUAUGGAUGAUGGACGAUAGUUGUAUGGAUGAUGGUUGUAUGGAUGAUGGAUGAUAGCUGUAUGGAUGAUAGUUGUAGUGUGAUCAUCAUUGUUUAUUUGAAAAACACUUUUUCUCCCAAAAAGUUUUACCACACAGCUUUUACAAGAUAGCACAGUAAUUGAGUAUUCUGUCAUUAGGGUGACUCAUGGGAUGUAGCAGUAGCAGUGCUAAUGUAGAUAAUCAUUCUAAUUAUGCUUCUGAAUGAGGCAGCUUCACGAAGCGAAUAGCAGGCCUGGGUUCAAACACUAUUAGAAAUCUUUUCAAUACUUUCAGUCUUUGCUCGAGCUUGCCUGGAGUGCCAGACGGGGGCGGUGAGUUUUCAGUUUUGGGACUAUUCUAUUGGUUCCAUUAAGCCAGUCAAUCAAGCCCUGCUCAAGUAUUUGAAAUGAUUUAAAAUACUCUUUGAAUCCAGGUAGUUCUGAGACAUAGCAGUGCUGAUAAUGAUGCGGUUGGCUGGUGCAGCUGGGGUUAGAGCUCUGUGGUAAUAUAGCAGCUAAUUGACUGGUGCAGCUGGGGUUAGAGCUCUGUGGUAAUAUAGCAGCUAAUUGACUGGUGCAGCUGGGGUUAGAGCUCUGUGGUAAUAUAGCAGCUAAUUGACUGGUGCAGCUGGGGUUAGAGCUCUGUGGUAAUAUAGCAUCUAAUUGACUGGUGCAACUGGGGUUAGAGCUCUGUGGUAAUAUAGCAGCUAAUUGACUGGUGCAGCUGGGGUUAGAGCUCUGUGGUAAUAUAGCAUCUAAUUGACUGGUGCAGCUGGGGUUAGAGCUCUGUGGUAAUAUAGCAUCUAAUUGACUGGUGCAGCUGGGGUUAGAGCUCUGUGGUAAUAUAGCAGCUAAUUGACUGGUGCAGCUGGGGUUAGAGCUCUGUGGUAAUAUAGCAUCUAAUUGACUGGUGCAGCUGGGGUUAGAGCUCUGUGGUAAUAUAGCAGCUAAUUGACUGGUGCAGCUGGGGUUAGAGCUCUGUGGUAAUAUAGCAUCUAAUUGACUGGUGCAGCUGGGGUUAGAGCUCUGUGGUAAUAUAGCAGCUAAUUGACUGGUGCAGCUGGGGUUAGAGCUCUGUGGUAAUAUAGCAUCUAAUUGACUGGUGCAGCUGGGGUUAGAGCUCUGUGGUAAUAUAGCAUCUAAUUGACUGGUGCAGCUGGGGUUAGAGCUCUGUGGUAAUAUAGCAGCUAAUUGACUGGUUCAGCUGGGGGUGAAGCUCUGUGGUAAUAUAGCAUCUAAUUGACUGGUGCAGCUGGGGUUAGAGCUCUGUGGUAAUAUAGCAUCUAAUUGACUGGUGCAGCUGGGGGUGAAGCUCUGUGGUAAUAUAGCAUCUAAUUGACUGGUACAGCUGGGGAUAGAGCUCUGUGGUAAUAUAGCAUCUAAUUGACUGGUGCAGCUGGGGUUAGAGCUCUGUGGUAAUAUAGCAGCUAAUUGACUGGUGCAGCUGGGGUUAGAGCUCUGUGGUAAUAUAGCAGCUAAUUGACUGGUACAGCUGGGGAUAGAGCUCUGUGGUAAUAUAGCAUCUAAUUGACUGGUGCAGCUGGGGAUAGAGCUCUGUGGUAAUAUAGCAGCUAAUUGACUGGUGCAGCUGGGAUUAGAGCUCUGUGGUAAUAUAGCAGCUAAUUGACUGGUGCAGCUGGGGUUAGAGCUCUGUGGUAAUAUAGCAGCUAAUUGACUGGUGCAGCUGGGGAUGGAGCUCUGUGGUAAUAUAGCAGCUAAUUGACUGGUGCAGCUGGGGUUAGAGCUCUGUGGUAAUAUAGCAGCUAAUUGACUGGUGCAGCUGGGGAUAGAGCUCUGUGGUAAUAUAGCAGCUAAUUGACUGGUGCAGCUGGGGUUAGAGCUCUGUGGUAAUAUAGCAGCUAAUUGACUGGUGCAGCUGGGGAUGGAGCUCUGUGGUAAUAUAGCAGCUAAUUGACUGGUGCAGCUGGGGUUAGAGCUCUGUGGUAAUAUAGCAGCUAAUUGACUGGUACAGCUGGGGAUAGAGCUCUGUGGUAAUAUAGCAGCUAAUUGACUGGUGCAGCUGGGGUUAGAGCUCUGUGGUAAUAUAGCAGCUAAUUGACUGGUGCAGCUGGGGUUAGAGCUCUGUGGUAAUAUAGCAGCUAAUUGACUGGUGCAGCUGGGGUUAGAGCUCUGUGGUAAUAUAGCAUCUAAUUGACUGGUGCAGCUGGGGAUAGAGCUCUGUGGUAAUAUAGCAGCUAAUUGACUGGUGCAGCUGGGGUUAGAGCUCUGUGGUAAUAUAGCAUCUAAUUGACUGGUACAGCUGGGGUUAGAGCUCUGUGGUAAUAUAGCAUCUAAUUGACUGGUGCAGCUGGGGUUAGAGCUCUGUGGUAAUAUAGCAGCUAAUUGACUGGUGCAGCUGGGGUUAGAGCUCUGUGGUAAUAUAGCAUCUAAUUGACUGGUACAGCUGGGGUUAGAGCUCUGUGGUAAUAUAGCAUCUAAUUGACUGGUGCAGCUGGGGUUAGAGCUCUGUGGUAAUAUAGCAUCUAAUUGACUGGUACAGCUGGGGUUAGAGCUCUGUGGUAAUAUAGCAGCUAAUUGACUGGUGCAGCUGGGGUUAGAGCUCUGUGGUAAUAUAGCAGCUAAUUGACUGGUGCAGCUGGGGUUAGAGCUCUGUGGUAAUAUAGCAUCUAAUUGACUGGUGCAGCUGGGGAUAGAGCUCUGUGGUAAUAUAGCAUCUAAUUGACUGGUACAGCUGGGGUUAGAGCUCUGUGGUAAUAUAGCAGCUAAUUGACUGGUACAGCUGGGGUUAGAGCUCUGUGGUAAUAUAGCAUCUAAUUGACUGGUGCAGCUGGGGUUAGAGCUCUGUGGUAAUAUAGCAGCUAAUUGACUGGUGCAGCUGGGGUUAGAGCUCUGUGGUAAUAUAGCAUCUAAUUGACUGGUGCAGCUGGGUUGGGAGCUCUGUGGUAAUAUAGCAGCUAAUUGACUAGUGCAGCUGGGUUUGGAGCUCUGUGGUAAUAUAGCAGCUAAUUGACUGGUGCAGCUGGGGUUAGAGCUCUGUGGUAAUAUAGCAGCUAAUUGACUGGUGCAGCUGGGGUUAGAGCUCUGUGGUAAUAUAGCAGCUAAUUGACUGGUACAGCUGGGGAUAGAGCUCUGUGGUAAUACAGCAGCUAAUUGACUGGUGCAGCUGGGGUUAGAGCUCUGUGGUAAUAUAGCAGCUAAUUGACUGGUGCUCUGUAUUAGCUGUUAUGAGGGGAUGCAGACAGUGAUUCAUGAUUGACACAUUGUAUCAGGAUCGUCUAGAGGCCAGAUGGAAUGCUCCUGGUUUUGUUGUUUUAGUGUUACAUAGUUUCCCCACCACAUACUGAGAGAUCAUGCGGCCAUUACGUGGCAUGCACUCACACACACACACACACACACACACAUACACACACACACACACACACACACACACACAUUGCUGACGUGGGGAGAGUCCCCCGGUGAGACCAUUCCAUUUUCCAUCAAUAUUUCCCUAUUCUCUUUUGAUGUGAGCUGGUUUUCAUACAACUAUCCUUAAUUCAUUAGUUAACAGGAUUUACCGUUUAACCUCAUCAAAACCAACAAUUACAGUUAUCAUGGGCCUGUCAGGUUUGUGCAUAAGUCUCAAAUGACUCCCUUUUACCCAUACAAACGUACAGGGCUACUUGACGCAGAGGACGUAUAGUCUAGACUCUAAUAACACGCCUCCCUGUCCUUCUCUGUCUGUUCACAGGUGUGUCUGUUGGAGUGCGAGGGGCACGUCUCCCCUGCCCUCACCUGGGAGCUGUGUCAGCGAGCCGUCCUACCUCACUACCACCUCCCACCAGACGGUGGCGCUGUGUCUAAGAGAGCAGCAGAGGAGCUGACCCUGGGCCCUGUAGACCCGGAGUCUGAUGGACAACUCCUCUACUCUGCAGCCAUGGAGAGCUACCAGCAGGACAAAGAAGACCAGGAAGAGGGGGACCUGGAGCGACGUGAUGCCCAGUACGACUCCUCCCCGCUGGACUCGACCGAGGAGGGAGACUCCCUGGCUCUGGAGAACAGGGAGGAGGAGAAGGAGGAGGAAGAGGACAGGAGGAGGAGCAGCCAGGGGGAGGGAGGAGAUGAGGAGGAGGCCGCGGUCCAGCUGACCAAGCAUUUCGGGGGCUUCCUGAAAGGUCACCACGGUUAUAGGAAGCUGAUUGGUGGGCCGGUGGGGCGGCCACUGCAGAAACGCCUCGGAGGGUUCAUCGGGAUCAGGAAGUCGGCCAGGAAGUGGAACAACCAGAAGAGGGUGAGCCAGCUCCUCCGGCAGUACCUGGGGAUGACCAGCGGCAGGGCCCCUGGCCGCGGGGUUGGGAGGUUCACUAACCCAGCCCAGGGCGUCAGGAGGCUGCCCAGCCGGCUGUAG